AUGUGCACAGCGCUGGGGACGUGGGAGGAUCCACGGUGUGUGUCCGGCCACCGCUACGCACAGCUCCUAGCAACAAUACGGCAAAGACUACAGAAACGUCAUCUCUACAGUAGCGACAGUAAAGAAACAACAACAACAACACGAAGAAGAAGAAGUGAUUCUGCGGUUGCGUGUUUGCAGGACUUGCAGGAGGUUGCACCAUUUCUGUAUAAUCAAGUACAGACAGAGAGGAAUGAGGGAAACAACAACAACAACAACAACAACAACAGUUCUGACAGUAAGAAGGAGAAUAAUAAUGGAGAGUCAUUAGUGGAAACAGAGCCGCAGGAAAUUCUAUCGGAUGAGUCAUUUGUGGGAAAUGAAGAGAUAAGUUUAUAUCAUCAUUCUCACCAUGGAACUGAGAAUACGGAGGAGUUCUGUGAUAAUAAUAAUAAUAAUAAUAAUAAUAAUAAUAAUAAUAAUAAUAAUACGGAGAAGGAUAAUAGAAGAGAAAUAGACCAUGUGGAUGGGGAUGAAAUAAUAUAUAUUGUCUGUGAAGGGUUUCUCCUAUAUGCAUAUCCAUCUAUUUGUGAACAGUUGGAUUACUUUCUCUUUCUUGAUAUUGAUGAUGAGACGGCCUGUUUGCGGCGAUUCUUCCGCACACCGCGCCGUCAUCCAAGACAGAAGGGAUGUGCGAAACGCAUUGAACGUAUGUUGUACUGCAGAAAGAAUCUUUUACCAAAUGUUAACACAAUGGAAAUAUCAGAAGAAACAUCACUACUACCAAUCUCGUUUUCUACAAUUAAACCGCGAUUGGUGUAUAUUCCACCAUUACCGUCCAUACCAGGCGAUUAUGUUCGCUUCUGGCAACAAGAGGAGUAUAAACAACAACAAGCACCAUCCUUUGGUAAUAAUAAUAAUAAUAAUAAUAAUAAUAAUAAUAAUAAUAAUUGGAGUGGGCCAUUGUGUGCGUGGAUGGAAGUGAAGGAUCUUUCAUACAUUACAGAGAUGCUAAAGACACAAGCUAAAUCCGUAAAAGAGAUGAAAAAUAAUAAUAGUAAUAAAAAUACUGAGAAUAAGAAUGAGAAUAGUGAUUCAUUAAUCCAACGCUAUUUUGAGUAUCGCUAUUGGUUUUAUUUUGAGGUACUCUUUUACUUCCAUCAAUUACGUCCUAUGAUUGAGCAGAAUGUAGAAGAAGCCUGUAAAAAGAAGAAUAAUAAUAAUAGAAAAGAUAUUCAUCAUCGUGUUUGGCGUAUCACUUGUGGGGCAGGUGUAUCGGAUAGAAGGAUGGAAGAACAACUACAGUCAUUUUUAACGUAUUUAAGAGAGAGUGAAAGAGAAAGUGAAAGAGAAGGUGUACAAUCUUAA